AUGGUCAGCAGCUUCUCCAAUAAUAAGUCUCAACUCAGCCAGAAGGAGAGCCGACACAUCGAAGUAGCUGGAAUCCCCGAAGGCACGUCCACCGACAGUUUGGUGGCCUAUUUCUCAACGUUAGUUUCUGCCCUAUUUAAAAUAGUCUUUUUAAAGUUAAAUUACAUUACUCAACCGAUAAUCUUACUAGAUUAAUGAUAAAAAUAUGUAAAGAAGACGGUUUUUUUAAAAACAUAGACCGGAUUCAAAUUUUCUAAACCUUCUUUUUGCCUUGCCUAGUAACAUACUUUCCCACCCUUGCUAUAUCUUUGUAUAACCUUAGAAUAACUUUUGAUUCACCCAUACCUAUAAAAAACGUUACAGGUUUGGAAAAGUGCAAAAGGUAGAACAAAAAGACAACUCGGAUGCCCCAGAGUUCAUCGUCAGUUUUAUGGAUGUACGAUCGGCCCAGAAAGCUCAGAACAGCGAGCUCCAACUACAGGGCCAUGCCCUCGGCAUCAAAGUGCACGACGCCGUAAAAAGGUAACAAAUCCGUUUCGAGACCCUACAAAAACAAUUUCAAAACCUUCCGUGACGGCCUUAUUUGGCACGCCGAAAUACAAUUUCCGCCAUUUCCUCAUAAAUGGUCCUAAUCUCCCGAAAGCAUGACAAACAUCAGAUUUUGGACAGUUUAAGAGGCGCUGUGACAAUUUAAAGCAAAGUCAGUCGAGCACUUUGGAGAAAUUAGAGUAUGCGCGACGAGAGGUGCAAAUACAAUGGAAACGAGGUGACCGCGGAGCACGUCGUUUAACCUCCCCCUGACCCGAGAACGCGCUCUAUUUCGCGACUGUUGCGUUCUCGUAGCUGCCACGACGAUAUUUUCUUCCACUUGUUGUUUUCGGGGUCGACAUCCAUUCAUGUUUUCCAUCACCUCACCGCUCUCCGAUCCCGUCCCCCCUCCGGCGACCUCACGCAUCCUAUUUUUGAGAUCGAAAGGGGCGAGAUCAGAUAUUACUCCCGUUUUCCAUCCCAUGCCAUUUUAACCCUCAAAAAACCAAAAACCUUGCUUUUCGAAUCAAAAUAAGCUCCGAAUGUGUUGUUACUAAUAUUCCCGUGCAAUUUGACUACAAGACUACGUUUCUAUGAGCAGAAUCUAUCCUUUUACCAAAAACUACAAUAUUGUUACCUAAACUUUAAAUCUAUUUCUAAUUAAAUUCUAUUUAGUCUGCAUGGUGGCUCAACAACGUCAGCAUCGACCAGCGCUGAUAGUUUCGACACCAUCGACCAAACACGCAUUCCCUACUCCCAAACCACGACGGCCAACUACAGUCGACGUAACCUGGCAUCAUCCACAACCCCCGUAGAAGGGCGCAAGUUCAACGGCCUUCAGGGCAUUCUAGUGCAAUCUCCCCAUCGAUUGCCAGAACACACCUUCAAACAACAACUCAUCAACCUCAUCAACUCCAGCAAGGUCAAGAGUAAGCUGAUCGAUGUUUCCAUCGACUCAGCCGACCCUUCGAACGCGCUGAUUCUGCUUCAGAAGUCAGUUGAUUUAAAUUAAAAUAGCAAUGUUAAUAUUAUAAAUGACCUACGCUUAACUAAACCACUUUCAGUGUCCCUUACAUAGAUUCUCUGGUUCUGGAAAUUCAGCGUAGCACAUUGGCCGCGUUACCUCCAGACCAAACCCUGAAUGCUAAACUGGCUAGCCACGUUGCUGUGACGGAAGCGCACAACAACUACUUGGUUGCCACCGCCGGAGCUUUAACCGACUCUCUACCUCCCCCGCCCGCAACCCCCACUCUAAAAAAUGUACCGAGAGAAUCGAGCACGGACCGUGAUGCUCGACAAAAAGAAGCCUCAAGGACUCUUUACGUUGGCAGUCUAGAAAGGAAAAUAAAGGAAGACACGCUGAAAGCAAGGUUCUCGAGAUUCGGCCCCAUCGUCGAAGUAGACAUAAAGAACAAGGACAGUCCAGCACCCUUCGCCUUCAUCCAGUUCGCCAACAUCAAGUCGGUGGUCGAUGCCAUCUCAGCCUUCCAAAACAACAGUGCAAGCAUGGUCGGAGCGAAAGGCGAGAAGCUCAAAUUCAAGGUAGUCGAACACAUUGUAAUACAAACUAAUUUGAUUUACAGGUUAAUUGGGGAAGACCUAUUCCGACCGCCAAACUCUGGCUGGGGGACCUGCCACGCUCGUGUAGUAGCGAGUACCUAUUCAACAAACUACGAACGGUGACAGACAGUGUCCAAGACAUCGUAUACGACGCCACGCACAACGAGGCGUUGGUCAUCUUCAAGAACGUGGAGCAAUCACAACUGGUCCACACAAAAAUAAAGAAUCGACAAUUGUAAGUCAAUUGUGGGCAACGUCACGGCACUCCUCGGAGCUCGGAAUGAGGGCUGCGAGGAGACCCGGGGAGGGUGUGGCCUUUAAAGUGAGGCAGCUCUGCCAAAGACGCCUUCUCUCGCUUCUUGGGACCCUCGCCCAUUCCCGCGCUCUGUGGGGCGCGCAAGAAAUGUCCUGGUGAGAAACGGCAGCCAUGUGGUUGGCAUGCAGGGCCUCUCUGCCGGGCCUGCCGCCAUCUGUCCUUUUUCUACAACCCCUUCCCCCCUGCUCCGAACGUGGAUUUCUCUUUCCUUUGCUCUGCGCGCCUUUUUCGUGGGACCCCGAUACCUUGGCGUCCCAAAACUCCACCCAAUACUAGUAUCACCUAAAGUUUUUACCAGUAUUACUACGAAUACAAUUAUAUUUACCCUUAAACCCAUGACUUUUUGUCCGAAUACGCGUCUUCAUCCCCUAUUCACUUGUAUAUUUUGUCGUCAAGAGCGUGGCCACGCUCAAUUUCACGUCUCACGUACUGUCCUAUACCUAUAUUACUGUGCCGCGUAUUCACUCACUUCGCGGUCUGUUAUAUAAAAUUUAUUCUGUCAAGUUUCGCGAAAUUUUAUAUUUUUUUCGAUUUUGACGCUUGUGUUAGCAUAAUUUGCGUGAUUUUUCCUCCAAAAACCGUGCUUCGACUUUCCCCCUCCCAAACAUAACAAAAUCCCCUCAUUUCUGGUUGUAACAGCUUUGUUUCAUAAUCUCGCAGGUCGUUACUACAAAAUCUCUUGUAAACUACCGUGUUUGUCUCGACCGUAAUUAGUCUGGUCACAUGUUUACCGGCAUUAGGUGGCCACGAUAAUUAAUUUUUAACGUCAUCUGAAGAAAAACCCUCAGAUGUCGAACAAAAACUAUAAUUUUUGAAAAAACACUUAUAAUUUCAAACAAUACUCGACAUUGAAAAAGUAAAGUGUACUAUAAAUAUCUUUGUUUUUGGCAAUUUUGUUUUACGAAAGAUUAGUUUAAUUGUAAUAUUUUACACUUUACGUCCCCACCACGAUUAUUCGGUCAAAAAGUGCGCAGAACGCCGUUUUAUACACGAUCUUUGUUUCUGUUUUACGUUGCCUUUUGACAAUACGUGACGUAUAAGCAGUUGGUCGUAAAUUGGAUAGGAUUCCCAUUUUCGUAUUCGUUUUUUGACACAAAAACUGUAUCUAGGUCAGAAGCGUGUAGAACCCUCUUUUAAUUGCGAGUUUGGUUUUCUUUAUUGUUUUCUUCACCGACCAUGCCUUUCCUGGUUUUAGAUUGGUCUAAAAGCUCAUUCACGAGUUUCUUUAUGGCGUUUUUCCUAGACUAGAAUUUCGUCUAUGAAAUGCGCAGAACCUUCUUAUCUAUGCGAGCUUGGCCCCCUUCUGACGUUUCUAUUUUCUUUUUGACCAAAAAGACAAGCCACCGCCGUCGGCAUGAUUUAAUAUUCUCUCGUUUUCAGAAUUAUUCCGCCUGAACGGCCACUGAAAGAACAACAAGUGAACGUUCAACAACUGGUCGAUUACGCCAGCGACAAAUUGCACGACUAUUUUGUGGACAGAAAGUUUGGCCGAAUUCAAUUACUUUCAUCGGUCCCCUCGCCCAUCUCCUUGAACAGCACCCCCGUCUAUCAGCGGGCAUCUACCUCAACUGAAGAAGCCUUCCAGACGACGUCAGAAACCAAAGAUCCUCGGCCAUCUUCGGACCCAGAGUUCUCGGCUUCACAUGCACCUGAAACGGCCGCAGCGGUCCCAACUGGAGCCGCUUCGUUGUCGGGAGUAAAAGAGCCCUCGGUCCUGCUGGUCCCUCCACCCGAUCCGCCCAAAGAUCUCACUAACGAUCUCACACAAAUGUCAUCGGAGUAAGCUGAAAACCAUAAAAUUUCAUUAAAAAAUGUUUUUUUCCUUGAAGCACAAUGCCAAAAAGAUUUUUGGCGACUGAAAGUUUCCGUUGCGGGAUUAUUUUUAUAUUGUGAUGCUUUUCUAUACAUUUUUAUAGAAUUUACGUGAUUUUGUGGCCCUAUGUUUUUUAGUAAAAACAUAAACACCACAAUAAGGCUGCACAGCAAGUCAUAAAAUUAAAAUUAGCAAAGGGCUUCAAUUUGUUACCUAAAUUUAAAUUAAUUUUUUAUCUGUAAAUAUAUUUUCGUUAAAAUACCCUUAAAAUAAUACCAAACAACUUACGCUAACUGUUUCAGCCUUUCUCCCUUCUCUUCACGACAUGGGGAAGAGUCGUCCAGUCAACGCCAGGAUGAACUACUGGCCCGGAAGCGGAUCAAACGAAAAGUAAAGCUUUCGGCUUCCCCCGCCGGGUCCGGUUCAUCUGAAGAGAAGCUGGGUUCCUCAGACUCGUCCCGCCACUCUAGUCCUGAUCGCGAAUCGUCUGAAGCCAAAGGGCACAGCGAACCUUCAACAUCGUCGGUCGGGUCGAUUAACGACCAAAAGCUGGGAACGUCACCCGACCCUCUGCACUCCUCAGUUUUUUCGAAAGUUAAGCACGCUGACGAUGUUUUAAGUAAGUUUUAUUACAUUACUCUAAAAUUCUUCAAGUUUUCCGUAUUUUGAUCAUAAUUUCAUGUUAUUGUAGAUAUUUUUUUGUGUUUGUUACCUAAAAUGUUUCAGAACCAAAAACUAAAUGUUAUUUAAAGUAGAGCUUCGUCAAAUACCCUUGUACUAAUCAUUUCUUAUUUAGCGUCACCUACAACGUUGAGAGAUAUCGAUUCCCCUGACAGUUUUCCUCUGCGACGAAGCUCCAACGAUUCAGGAACACCUACAACUCCUAACAUGAGAAAUUUGUCAAGAAUAGAACCCCUUCAUAAAGAGGAUAUGAUGGAUGCUGAAGAUUCGUUUAUUGACAAGGAGUUUGAGCAUUUAAUACCUUGGGAAACCAACUCUGAUGUCAGUGAUCCCCGAAAGAAUUGUUCUAAUUACACCACGAACGAUGAACGAGGACUAUUCUUUCCCAGUUUCUACACAGAGGACGAGAGUGGCUACCGGUACUGUAGGCAUCUACACGGUAGCAAUCGGCGACCGUCUCAGCCUCUGCCAGUAACUCCACAGCAUAACAAAGACGAGAAGAUGUCACCUCUCUCACACAGUGGUAUAACACGGACGAUAUCUAGUGGAUCAUCGGAGAACUUGGCUAGUCAGGUAUUAGAUCUGUGCCAUGAACGACCUCCGUCGACAUCGUCCUCGGCUGAAGACGGAACGUUGCCUCCAAUGCCUCCACCACCUGGCCACCCGGCUGCCCUUCCAGCUCAUAUUGAGCGACUGAAUGCUCUGACAUCCAGAGUUGACUCGAUCUACGAAAAACAUUCUACCUCCCUAACUCCAGCACAACAAGCGAGGUUAAGUGGCUCGAUCGAAGACGAUUUGUUGCGAUUCCGACAACGGAAAGCACAGUCAAUGUCAGGGAUCACAACCCCGAGCACAACACCAUCCACACCUCAGGCAUUCGACACAAAAGAGGCGAAGCAACAACCAAAGUUGACCAUCAACAUUCCUCCUACAAGCUCAGCUACAUCUUCGUUAGUGUCAUCACCUGCGUUGGCUCCAUUUACUGCUCCUGUAAGUCAUGCACCUUUGCAUAGUCCUAUGGGAAGUAUUAAUGGUUCCAUGGGACGGUCGAUGUCAUUCAGUAUGGAGUUACCGGCUUCAACCAAUAUGCAGCCAAGGUCAAUGUCUGUAAGUGGAAAUCAGCCUUCGCCAGCAUUGCCGUUACCUCCCCCUCCACCGCUUUUGGCAUCACCAAAGACAAUGUCUGGCAGCCCUGGAGAAUUGGUAAGAUUUUAAAAGUUUUGUUAGAUUUUAUUUUUUUAGUCUAUAAAUUUAAGAUUUUAGUUACAAUAUUAAGGUAAUAUCUGUUUGUUUUUGUCAUAUCGUUUAACUCAAAAUGCAUUUUUAGUCAAGGCAUGGGUCAUUUUCUACACCAAGACCGGCUUCACCUCCACCUCCUCCAACCAAGGCUACUAUACCCACCGUCGCUGCACCAUCGGCUUCUUCAAAUUUAGAUCCACACUUUGCGUUGAAAACAAAACCUCAUUUAAAUGGUACCAAACCUGUUACAACACCUGUUAAUGGGACGAAACCUUCAUUAACAAAGCCAGGAACCGAAGUGAAAGAACACAAACCUCACAAAGCGGAUUCAGAAGAUCACGAAGAGAAAAAGCUGAAAGACAAGAACAAGAUGUUACAGUUUAUGCAGAUCCCGAGAAAGAAGGAAGGUCAGAAGGACAGUAUCACCUUUGUAUCUCCACUUAAUCGAGGUCAUAUUAACAAUACUCCUGGCACUCCAACUACUCCACCAAAUACGAAAGUUAAGAACAAUGAAAAGAAACAUAAUGUGCAUACUCCAUUGCCAUCUACAUCCAAAAUGGAGAUGAAGAUGGAGAAGAAGCCAGAAAAGAAAGAGAAAGACAAGGAGAAGAAGGAGAAACAUCGACUGUCAGUCGGGAGUGUUAAAGAUCUACCCCCGAAAACAAUGAGCAGCAAAGAAAGACAAGCCGCAUAUAUUAGUGAAAUGGAGAGGAUCAAGGAAAAAAGCAUGAAGAAAUUCCCUGAAUCCAAGAAGGACCGUGAACAGUACAUCAAGUUGAGAGAAGCCAAGCUUAAAACCAGGUUCGAACAACUUAAGGCUGAACACGAGAAGGUGAAGAAGGAAAAGUUGAAGAAACAGGUGAGUUAAAGUAGAAAAGGGCACUUUACUAUUCGUUCUUGAAGGAAUUACUUGCCAUUUUUGGAUUUACUUGAAUUUCGCUUCCACUUUUUUGUAAAUUUGGUGAAAUACAAAAAAUUGUAGGAAAAGAUUUUUCUUUGAAAAGGACGUUUUAUACGAAAGAUUUGCGUAAAAUUAAAUUUUUGCAAAUAAUAUUAAUUUGCAGGAAGAAAAGCAAAAACUGGAACAUUCGAAACAGAAGAAGCUGAAAGAAAAGGAAAAAGAGAAGGAAAAGGAGAAACACAAGGUAAAACCAGUCGAAAAGAAAAAGUCAAGACAACGGACGCCUUCAGAAGCUUCUUCUGAUGACGACGAUUCGGAGGAUAAUAAUGAUCCAUGUCGUGCUGACUUCCUAUUGGUAUGUUUAUCGUAUCUUUUCUUAUAUUGUCUGCUUUUAGAAGAGUAACGAGAUCGAAGCACAGAAGAUAUUGUACGAGGCAGCGAAGAAUGGAUCGUUGAACUUGUCGAUGUAUGAGAGGAUUAAGCGGAAAAGAACUGCUCCAAGACAAGAUGAGAACAAAAAAGUUUUGGCUUUGGCGAAGCUUCGAGAAAAAGCUGAGGCAAAGGUAAGCAAAAAGUUUAUUUUUCUGGUUUAAAAUUUUGUUUUUCCUUAUUUUUUGAAAUUAACAUAUAUUUUUUAGAAAAAGAGAAGAGUUCACUUGUCAUCUUGUUCCGACGAUUCUGACACAAACGAAUUCUCUAAGAAAUCGCAAGCCGAUUCUAGCGCCGAUGACUCAGAUGCAGCUACGACAGUGACAAAUGCAUCUGGAAGUUCAGCAGCAAAACGAGCACGAUCUUCGAGCACAGCUUCAAAGAAGGCUUCUACAGAUUUCAUAAAGAAAGAAGGAAAACGAAAGAGCGAAGACAAGGAAAGCAAGAAGGAGAAGGUAAAGAAGAUUAAACAAGAACCUGUCUCAGAUGCCGAAUCUGAAGCUCCAAAGGUAACGAAGGAGAAGAAGCCGAAAAUUGAAGCCAAAUCCCCGGUUCCAGAAAUGGUCUCCGAAGAAUCAGAUGGAGAAGCAGCGGUUAAAGCGAUGCACGAUGAAUUUGUUUCUUACAAGGCUGAUUCUGAUUCUGACGACAACAAAGUCAAGGAAAAGAAGAAGAAGAAGCAGAAGAAGUUUGACACCAACUUUGAUGACAUCUUCGCUGCUAAUUCUGACGAUGAUUCUGAGAAGAAGGCUAAGAAGAAGAAGCUGUUGAAGCAACAGAAGGCUGAGAAGGCAGAAAAGCUUCCUCCAGUCGUUCAUACAGGCAAGCCAGGAAGACCAAAGAAGGUGAAGGAAAUGGAAAAAGAGAUGGCUGAAUCCAAGAAGAAGAAGAAAGAAGAGAAGGAGAAGGUCAGGAAAGAGAAGACCUCCAAGAGGUCGCUGGAUGAAAGUUCUGGCAGUGAGCCGGCCAAGAAGAAACACAAAACGGACGAAAAGAGACGAGUUUCUGAUACCGGGUCCUUGAUGUCUUUGUCGAAGACGCCGCAGUCAGAAAAACACAAAGCGUCGCUACAGUCGCCGCUAAGCUUAAACCUGUCUGCUUUGGGACCGUGCUCCUCUAUGGACAUCUCACCCACUCCAUUCACUGCCAUUUCACCUACACCCUCAACUGGAAGUGAUAAUGUUCGUCUCGAAAACUUUGUCACACCGUGCAAGGCUACGGAUACAGCCAUGUUCUCACCAUCACUCCAAUCGACCAAUUUUCAAAUUGUAAGUUUCUUCACUUUGUUAGUCUAGUAUCGUUAGUUGAGUGUAUUUUUGUUUGUUGAUUGAAUAAGCUUAUCUUGGUCGCGAUUGUAUGUUGUGUUUUGUCUUUAGAUGCCACUCGAAUCUCCCAAAUCUACCCCUCUACCAGCUCCUGUUGACGACCAGUCGAAAAAACUGCUGGAUGUUCCGAAAUGGUCGGAAAGCAGGAAACGAUCAUCUUCUACUAGCUCCUUCAACUCGAGCUCGACUUCUGGUACUUCUACCGCUUCUUCUUUAAACGCUUCACGUGCGGCUUUGGAGAAAGCUCCUCCGACCAUACAGGAAGUUGCUGAAGAGCCUUCUACAAAAAAAUUAGCUCCAAAAGAUGAGAACGAUCUCAAGGAAAAAGCAGAAACGUCGACUGAAUCUACUGGACCAGCCGUUAAAACGGAAGAAAGUCCUGUGGCUAAAAUCGAAAAGGUUUCUGACGAACCUGUACCAGAAUCUUCGACGAAGCCUAUGUUAACCGAAGAUAACGGACCUGCUCGGCCUCGCUUCAUCAAUCUGUCACCCACACGGCUUCUGGAGGAAAUCAAUUUUGAAGAUUCGAGUAACGUCGAAGAUGACGAUGACGACUUGGAAGAGGAGCUUCUACGUCAUAUGUCUGCUGACCCUAAGCCCGAUACUACCAAGGCGGAGCCAGUCAUUGAUUACAGCAGUCAGGACACACAGGUAUAUUAUUGUGCACUUGUAGUUGACUGCACGGUUUUUAUUGUUGUAGUGCUGGUUUUUAAUGAUAUUAUUCUCAUUUCUGUCUUUUUAGGAAACCGAAGAUGCCAUUGAAUCGAUUUCUGCCUUCAUGGAGAACAAGUCAGACGACGAGGACGACGACAGCUACUCUCACUCUAUGUCGCGAAGAAUCAACGAGUCAGAUUACAACAAAGGAAUGCGUACUUCUGGAUCAGAAGAAUUUAACGACGAGCCUACUGUUUCUACUGCUACACAGCUUGACAAAGAAAAGGCUGUAGUUAGUGAAUCAGAAGAAGCGCAUAAGCCUCAAGAAGUGUCAGACAAGGUCGAUGAACCACCAAAACCAACCAGAGAAGAGCCUCAAGAAGACAAGAUAUCAUCGGUCAUUGCGAGUGUAGCCAGAGGCGACAGUUUUGAAAACUCGGCAGUCAGUAAGCCUAAUGUGGCAUCGGCUGUUUUGGUGCAGAACAGUGGAGUGUUUUCUAACAUUUCGCAUCUUCCAACUCCACCACCGUCACGGUCUUCUGGUGGGUCGCCUCAAUGUACUUCUCAAUUCCAAUAUCCUGUAGCCCAGAUUUCACCUCAAAUUUCGAUCGCGGCCAAGAAGGACGAGCCAAAGAUUGAAACAUCUGUGUCCGAAGUGGUUAAGGAAUCUGGAAAUAAGUUGGAAACUACUGACUCGAAGAAAGAGCUACCACUACCCACUUCUAACACUUCUAACGGUGUUUCUGUGGCGGCUACACAAGUGCCAGUAGCUUCAAAAUCAACGGUAUCGCAUCCAAGGACUUCUAUUGUUGCUGACUUCCAACUUCCGAUUCAGAAGGACACGGAGACUACGCAACAGAUGCUGGAGAGAUUCUACAAACAGACCAACACCACUAUCCCUUCAACUGUAUCCUUGGCGUUGUCGUAUCCUCAACAACAGUCUACUGCGACGGCUGCCGUCAGACCGUUCAAUAGCCAGCCAUCUUCUGUAGCUACUACUUCAGCUGCCGUUCCCAACCAAAGCUCCGCCCAAACCUUUGGCCAGAACUUGCUGGGACAACAAAUGGCCAAGACCUUACCUCAGAAUAUGAACAGAAUCCCGAUGUCACAGCCUCAGAUGGCACCUAUACCUGCAGAGAACAUUCUGGCUGCUCUUCAAGUUGCUGGUAUUGGACCGAACGCCAUAACACCUCAACUGCUGGCUAAUCCCAGCUUGUUGAUAUCAACAUUGGCUUCGACCAAUCCGGCAGUAGCAGAGUCGCUUCAAAAGUUGUUGACACCUACGGAUGUAUCUCGAUUACAACAACCUACUGAUCUUGCUAGGCUGCAAAUGCUGCAACAACAAGUCAAACAACCGUUUAUGCCUUUAUCUAAUCCAUCUCUAAUGGCAUUCAUGCAACAAGAACAACAACGACAGCAAAUGGCACAUCUUCAACAGCAACAGAUGGGAAUGACACCUGAACAGACCUACAUGGAGCAGUUGAAGAUGUUGCAAUUGCAGCGCGCCAUCAAGCCAGAGAUCGUUCAAAGCCCCAAGCCAGUGUCUCAAUUGGUCGAUGUGAAAACGGAAAAGGCAAAUGGCUAUGGCUUCAACAGGAACCGCUACCCUCUAUGUUGGCAAGGGACUUUGGCUAUGAAGAGCAACGACGCUACAGUACAACUGUUUCACAUCUCAGGAUCUCAAUAUCUGAUGGAUAAGACAACUCGAGAGUUGACUGAUGUUGAGGAUGGUAAUCAGACUAUCAGAAUCAACCAAAGAAUGCGGCUAACUAACCCUCAAUUACUAAGUAAGUUGCAUAAACGAAUAUCAACCAUAAUAUAGAGUAUAUUUCUUGUUUAAACUACUGAUAUUAAUCUUCAAUUUUUCAGCCAUAUGUAACCAAAUGAAGAACGACGAUGAGUUUGUGGCCAUGGCAUGCGUACCAUGUGGCCAGAAUACUGAGCAAUUACAUCAUGAAAGCUCCAAAAUGACAACUCAAUUCAUCAACUACUUUAACACCAAAAUGACAGCUGGUGUUGUUACUCACUCUACUGUAAGUUUAUUUACUAUGCUUUUUUCAAGACUUGCUGUUUUGCAUUUAAAUUCUUAACUUUAUGACUUAAAAAUAUGUUCUGUUGCUUUAAAAGGAUUGAAUGCUUUGUACUUGACCAAAAGUAAUGAUACCUUAUUUUAGGCUAACCAAAGCCCCUCUUGCAUCGCCCACUUCUUCCCUCCAUGUGACUGGACUGAAGAACAAAUGAAUCGACUGUCUCCGGAAUUCGCUACCGAACUGAAGCGCCUGGUCCCAACGUAUUUAUUUGUGGUGGUGACCAGAAGUGACCUGAACUCGCCCAAAAUCGAAUUGGAACAAAAGCCGGUGCAGGUGCCGGUGAUGCCUCAAGUGUGUGGAAGGACGGUGUAG